UCCUUUUCCGUGAGAGCGUGUUUCGCGCCACUGGGGCGUGUCUUCAAGGGCUAUAUAAGCAUCCGGAGGGGCGGUGGGCUACGUUUGUCUGCUGGUUAUUCCUUCGCUUUUGAUUUUCUGUGGCGGGUCGUUGGUUACCAUCGCCUUUUAAGUUUCAGGAUGACAGAAGAGGCCUCUGCUCCCUCUACUUCUGCAGACAAAACAGAGAGUAUUGAUGUGGACGGGGAAGCCAAGAGACUACUCGGCUUGGGACAAAAGAAUCUAGUAAUGGGAGAUAUUCCAUCAGCUGUUAAUGCAUUUCAGGAAGCUGCUAGCCUUUUGGGCAAGAAGUAUGGUGAAACAGCAAAUGAGUGUGCUGAAGCUUUCUUUUUUUAUGGAAAAUCACUUCUGGAGUUGGCAAGAAUGGAAAAUGGGGUGCUGGGAAAUGCUUUGGAAGGAGUGCAGGUUGAAGAGGAAGAAGAAAAAACAGAAGACUCAACGGUAGAAAGCGCUGAUAAUAUAGAUGAAGAAGCAAGGGAGGAAUUAAGAGAUCAGGUAUAUAAUGCCAUGGGGGAAAAUGAAUCCAGAAAACCUUCAGAAGAAUCUCUGGUAGAAACUAGAGUGCAAGCGAAAAAUAAAGAUGCAGAAGUGGAAGAAGUUAAAGAAGAAAAGGCAGCUGUGACUAUAGAUGAUAAUCUUGGAGAAAAAGAAAAAUCAAGCAAGCAAGUAGAAGAUAUGCAAGAACAACAGGUCAGUGAAAAAACUGUGGAAGAUUCAUUAGAAGGUAGUGCUGCUAUAGAAGAAAAGCCAGAAGAAACAACUGGAGAAAAACUAGCAGCAGAAGAAACCCAGGAAGACAUCGUUCUUAAGAAAGUAUUGGUUGUAGAUAAAACUCCUGAAGAAGAAAAACUAAUAGUAGAAAAGCCUGCAGAAGAAGUUAGUGGAGACACUGUAGAGAAGGAAGUGACUACAGAAGAAAAGUUAGCUUUACAAAAGAUGGAACAGAAGGCAGAAAAGCUUAUAGUUUUGACUGCUGAAAAGCACACAAAUGCAAAGCUAGAAAAUUCAAUAGUAGAGACGUCGGCCAAAGCUUCAAAAGAGACAUUAGAGGAAAAAGAAUUGGUGUCUGCUGUUGAUAAAGUAGAAAGGAAGGCAGAGAAGGCAGAACAGACAACUGUUGCUAUUAUUCAAGAAGCAGAUGUUGUUGCUGGACAAGAAAACGUGGAUUUGAAAGAAGAAGAAAAAUUGAAUGAACCUAUGGCUUCAGGGGAAGUGUUACCUACAGCUCCAAAUGAAAUUAAUUCUCCAGGGGUUGUUGAACAGUCACAUGAAACAGAAAUUGAAGAAAAAGCUGAAGCUGCUGCUAAGGUAGAAAAGGAAGAAGAAAAGGAUCACGAGAUGGGAGAGGGAGAAGAGACAGAAGGGUCAGAAGAAGAUGAUAAAACUGAAGAGGAGAAAGAAAAUUAUUCUACAGCUGAAGAAAAGGAGAGUGAAGAAGAUGAAGUUGGAAACUUAGAACUGGCUUGGGAUAUGCUGGAAUUGGCAAAAGUAAUAUAUAAGAGGCAGGACACUAAAGAAGCACAGCUCCAUGCUGCUCAGGCUCAUCUAAAACUAGGAGAAGUUAGCAUUGAAUCUGAAAACUACAUGCAAGCUAUAGAGGAGUUUCAUUCCUGCUUGGCUCUUCAGCAGAAAUAUUUAGAAGCCUAUGACCGUUUGCUUGCAGAGACUCACUACCACCUUGGGUUGGCGUAUCACUACAACAAUCAGUAUGAGGAAGCAGUGCUGCAGUUCAGUAAAUCAAUGGAAGUAAUUGACAAAAGACUGGUUAUGCUGACUGAACGAUUAAAAGUAAAGGGAGAAGGACCAGCUGAGGAUGAAAAAGAAAUAGAGGAACUCAAGGGCCUGCUUCCUGAAAUUAAAGAAAAAAUAGAGGAUUCAAAAGAGUCUCAAAAUAGUGCAAGAGUGACUGAACUGGCUCUGAAAGCAACUCUAGUUGGCGGAUCUUCCAGCUUUUCACAAGAGACUGAAAGUAGUGCAACUUCAACAAUUCCAGUUGGACACAAAACUGAUGGAGCUACAGACAUCUCCCAUCUUGUUAGGAAAAAGAGGAAACCAGAGGAAGAAACUCAACAGGGAGACAAUGGAGCUAAGAAAUCUAAAUCAGAAUCGGCUGUCAAUGGUGGUGGUGAUGCACCUUCCAAUGGAAAUGAGGCUGCAGAGAAAAUGGAACAGGAGACAGGGGGAAGACCACAAGUUGAAACUGUUCAAAGUACUGUAUGAUAAUUCUUUAAUAUUGGGCAUGCUGCCUCCCAAUUGUGGGUUUUGUAUAUAAUGUAUUUUUUCACUCUUUGGCAACUUUUUGUAUUCAAUAAAGAUUGUACUCAAACAUUAA